AUGGCUGUUACCCAAUGUUGGGCGCGUUGCGGGUUCAAGGCAGUUCCCUUCGAAAUUAACCUACAAGGUGAGGUGAUGGACAUACUCAGUCCUAUCGGGUUCUGUGUCGCGUUGGUGAUGGCGCUACGGCUUAAGCCAAAUGCGUUCUGUAUGAUAGCGACAGUUUGCAGCACAUGGGUAUUUCUGAGUCGUUCCCAGACACGAAGAUCGUUCUUCAACCCCUUGGGGGAUAGAAGGGUCAAGAGUGUAGAAGACGCAAACGCCAUGGUGUCCCGGAUGACGUUGAUCUUGUACAUCCUACAGUGCAAAAACGUGUUUUACCUCUAUGAACAGCCAGGGUCAUCAUUGCUUUGGAGCCAUCCCCGGAUGGAGGACUUUAUCAGUUCUGUUCAUGCCUAUAGGGCAUGGACUUGGAUGGGGGCCUUUGGAGCCUCCAGCCCGAAGGGCACUACAUUAUGGUCUUCAAGACCUGCUGUGCAGAAAAUGUCAAGGGCAUUACCUGUUGGUAAAAGUUGGAGCGAUGAUAUCACAACCCGUACUGUUUUGAAAAGUGGCAAACCUUCUGUAUCCGGUGGCAAAGGCUUAAAAGAAAGCCAAACUUACACAUCACAGUUUGGUUUUGCUACCCUUUCUGUUUGGUUGGAGGAAGAUGACUGGCCUGAAUCUGAUUUGACUUCGGUCACUCUUCCAACCAUUUGGUCUCCAUUGGUUAAGAAAGACCGGUGGGAUGAUGCACGUCUUCAAGAAGUGAUGCAGUAUCUCACUACCCAUUAA